CCAUGGGGCGGGCGUGCGGCGCGGCGGAGCUGGCGGCUGAGGCGGCGGUGCGGGGCUUGCUGCUGGCGGCCUUCGGAGUCAUGGAGUUCCUGCCUCCCUUUCAGCGCGUGGUGCAGCCCGAGGAGAUGUGGCUGUACAAGAACCCGCACGUCGCGGCGGAUCGCGUCCCCACCGUGCCCAUGUUUUUCAUCGCGUUUCUGUCUCCCUUGUUGCUCAUCGUCCUGGCAAGGGUGUUCAUGAACGCCGACCGAGACGACACACGGGAAGCCUGCCUUGCUGCCAGCCUUGCUCUCGCCCUGAAUGGGGUUUUCACAAAUGCCCUGAAGCUCAUUGUAGGGAGGCCACGGCCAGACUUCUUCUAUCGCUGCUUCCCGGACGGACAAGCCAACGUGGAGCUGCUCUGCACAGGAGUCCCCAGCGUCGUGACCGAGGGACGCAAAAGCUUCCCCAGCGGACACGCGUCCUUCGCCUUCACUGGUCUGGCCUUCUCUGCCUUCUACCUGGCCGGGAAGCUGCGCUGCUUUGCGCCCGGCCGGCGCGGCAGGGCCCUGCGGCUCUGUGCCUUCCUCCUCCCCCUCUUCCUCGCCACCCUCAUCGCCGUGUCCCGCACCUGUGACUACAAGCACCACUGGCAAGAUGUGUUGGUUGGCUCGGUGAUGGGCUUCGUGCUUGCCUACCUCUGCUACAGGCAGUAUUACCCUCCUCUGAUGGACUCCAUGUGCCACAAACCAUUUCUGUACAAAUCCAAGCAGCUGCCAGCACACCAAGAAGACCCUGCAGCUUCCAGCUUCCACCUGGAUAUAUAGCAACAAGCUCUGUCCUGCCAGCCCCUUCCCUCCUUCAGAGCUGGGGCAGGGGAAGGCUUUGGGGAAGUUGGUCAUGAGAAGUGGCUCAAAUGAGGAUGAACCUGGACCCCGAGCAGGUGUUCCCUGCAGCGCUGGUAAGUGGUCCUGCCUGGGGGCCUGUGUUGCUUCAUUUAGCCACAUUUGCAGGUGUCCCUCCCUGCAGCCCCUGCUGCGAGGUGAGCGAGGUGUGCCAGGCUGCCCAUGCACAGCCUGGGCAUGAAAAGUCUUGAAGCAAGAACUAGAAAAAUAAAAAGCCAUAAUGUGAUGUUCCUGUGCCCAGUCCAGAAAGCACCACCAGUCAUCUCCUUUCCACCCAGCCCAGCUGUCCUGUCCCUCUCUUGGGAAUGUGUGUAGGAAUGAAAUGCAGGAGCAGCUCCUGGCGCUGCGGUUCGGUCGCUCCGAGCUCGUGUGCCAAGCAUGGGGCUGCAUUCUCUAACCAUGGACUAACUGGGGGAGAGGGAAGGUGGAACUAGAAUGAUCAUUCUUUGUAUUGCUGUGCUGGCCCUGAUUUUUUCUAAUUUGCCAAAUAAAGGAGUUUAAUUUUUUCAAAUGA